AAAUAUGGCGCCAAAAGAGUUUUCAAGCUGAUGAUAAGAGCUGAUUUUUUCCUCCUCGGUGUUGUCUUUUUUUUAAUUAUUAUUUUAAUGUGGGGGUGGGGGGAGAGGUUGCAAGACUAGACCCGCCUGUGCGUUUGUGCAGAGCGGUGAGCACGUACAGAGGAGUGGAGGCAAAGCAAAGCAAAGCGAGGGAGCAAGUGGAAACGAGGAGAGGAGAGCUCUAUGUUUUAUUUCUGAAGGAGGGACGUUGCGAAACUGGCUUGCAAUCUUUUCUGACUCAUCGUUUGGAAAUAUAGCACCCUUUUCUCUGUCUUUUUUUUCUCCUCUAAUUACUCCUCCUCCUUCCUCCCAGUCCCCCUUCUCCUGUACCGCUGGCACUGGGGAGGAAAACAGUCGGAUUUUGACACCGUGUUUGAACUGCUUUUGCAAAAUGCGACAUGCUUUCCUGUGAGUGGUUUGUUGUGCGCACCUCGCAGCCUGCUACACCGUGAAGAGGAGCGGGACCAGUGGUGUUUGUUUGUUUUGUUUUCUUUCUUUCUUAAUUUCUUUCUCUUUUUUUUUUGGCUUUUUACUUUGAGAUUUGUUAUCCCAGGUUUGGACUGCCACUUUUUGGAUUUUUUAUUUCGCAUUUGGACUCUGUCGUCGGUCUUUGCGGAGCUGACGCGCUUGUCAACACGCACCGGGGAGGGGAGGGGAAGACUGGAAGGGACAGUCCUGUCACCCUGCGUGGUUCAAGUGUCGGGGGGGCUGUUUUAGCAGCGCAGCUAACGGCGUGCCUGGGCACCGAGUGGGCAAACUGAACUGGUCCCAAUCCCCCAUCCGUUGUUAAAACUACAUGUGCCCUGCUUCCAAUGAUCUCCUAAUCCCACGGAAUCACUCGCCGUCCAGGACUGAGGACGUCUGUGUAUCCAAAGCUUACCGCUAUCAAGAUGGAGAGCGAAAAGAAGAGGAGAAAAUACUCCACGAGCAGCAACGACUCUGACACCACUGACAGUCAAGUGACGUCGUGGUCCAGGUCGUCUAAGAAUACAGGCACCAGCAGCACAUGGGUCCGUCACCAGCACAAGAAACCAUCAGAGGUGUUCCGUACAGACUUCAUCACGGCCAUGAAGCUGCCAGACUCAGCACAGCUGGGCCCAGAUGACUUCUAUGUGCUGUCGGACCCCUGGAGACAAGAGUGGGAGAAGGGAGUGCAGGUGCCGGCCAACCAGGAGGCCAUACCCGAGCCUGUGGUCAGGUCAUUGCCAGAGUCAACAGGUGGUCUGUUCAGCAGCGGGCAGGAGACAGAGGGAGAUGCUCAGCCUCCCCGUACCCAGCUUUACAGCUGCUACGACCUGGAUGACCUGGAUGUUGCCUGGCUGCAGCUGGUUAAUCAGGAGUUCAGACAGAUGGCCUUACCGGAGCUGGAUGAGCUGACGAUGGAGUGUGUUCUGGUGGAGCUGGAGAGUGUGUGUGAGGAGAAGAUGCAGCAGGCCAUCGCGACGGAGGAAGGUCUGGGCAUCGAGUACGACGAAGACGUGGUGUGUGAUGUGUGCCGCUCACCCGAGGGGGAGGAUGGCAACGAGAUGGUCUUCUGUGACAAGUGCAAUGUCUGCGUUCAUCAGGCGUGUUACGGCAUCCUGAAGGUACCGCAGGGGAACUGGCUGUGUCGAACCUGCGCUCUGGGGGUCCAGCCAAAAUGUUUGCUCUGCCCCAAGAGAGGAGGGGCCCUGAAGCCCACCCGCAGUGGAACAAAGUGGGUCCACGUCAGCUGUGCCUUAUGGAUCCCUGAGGUGAGUAUAGGCUGUCCAGAGAAGAUGGAGCCCAUUACCAAGGUGUCCCACAUCCCCGCCAGCCGCUGGGCUCUGUCCUGCAGUCUGUGUCGAGAACACACAGGAACCUGCAUCCAGUGCUCCAUGCCCUCCUGCAUUGUGGCCUUCCAUGUGACAUGCGCCUUCGACCACGGUCUGGACAUGAAGACCAUCCUGGCCGAGAACGAUGAAGUGCGUUUCAAGUCCUUCUGCCUGGAGCACAGCUGCUCCACCAGCAACAGCAGCACAACCGCCAACAACACAUCCAGUUCAACCAGCGUGAGCAACGGCAGCCACCCCGCCACUUCCACCACCAACGGCACAGCCAGACCUGACUGGACCACCAUCGGGGUUACUCCUGAGCUUCGGCCGGGUCAGCAGCACGAGCCGAAUGGCAGCGGCGACACGGAGCAGAGGUCGGUAUCCCACCUCGUUUCAGUGUCGGCAUCAGAGCGAGCUGAGAGGGACCAGCUGGAGAGGGAGAAGGUGAGCCAGAGGAAACAGAAGCUCCAGGAGCUGGAGGAUGAGUUUUACCGACUGGUGGACCCCAGGGAGGUGGCCGACAACUUGGGGCUGCCCCUCUCACAGGUGGACUUUCUAUACCAGUUCUGGAAGUUGAAGAGGAAGGCCAACUUUAAUCAGCCUCUAGUGACUUUAAAGAGGGAUGAGGUGGACAACCUGGCCCAGCAGGAGCAGGACGUCCUCUACAGACGCCUCAAACUAUUCACACACCUCCGACAGGACUUGGAGAGGGUGCGUAAUCUGUGCUACAUGGUGACACGGAGGGAGAAAAUGAAGCACAGCCUGUGCGACCUCCAGGAGAAGAUCUUCCACCUGCAGAUACAAUUACUGGAAGAGGACAUGGCUGGAGAGAAAACCCAGAAGGGAGAAAAGAGGAAGCACAAUGGAGUGAAGGAUAAAGGGAAGGAGAGAAGGAAGAAUAGUCCAGAGAAGAAAAAGGAGAGAUGGAAGUCAGAGAACGGUUCCCUGCUUAAAGAGCUAGGUUUGUCAAAAUCUUUCCCAUUGGACAACUCUCUGUUUGACAGCUGGCUCGCCCAGUCGGUCCAGAUCACUGCUGAUGACAUGCUGAGCCAGUGGGCUCUGGGUUCCCAGCACCACGACAAAAGUGGCAGCCUGCUUUCUGACCAGCUUCUGCAGGGUGAAGAGAGUUUGCUAAACCUCAUGAUGGAGAACUCUAUGCAGUCUGCCUGGAAAACACCCCAGCUGGGCCGCAAACCCCGAGGGAGCAACAAGCCCCGUGCUCGAGGACAAGCCACCGCUUCCAGUCAGCCUCAGAUGCUCCUGCCUGCAGCGGCUACAUCAGUCGAAAGCAGCUCCUCCACAGCGAAGAACCUCUGGGCGAGUGUGACGGAGGAAAAGUCCAGCCAUGUAGGGCGGAGAGGAGAAAGGUCCAGGGGCUCCUCCAAGACCAUGCACCACCACAGCCAUCACCACCAGACCAGGAGCUCAGACCCUCACAGGGACCCACCACCACAGCCUCCUAUCUCCAAAAUGGAUUCCUGUCAUAUUUCUGAGGACCGUGGCCCAUGGGACAGCAUCCACAUGGGGAAUGGAGUUACAUCAGGGGCUGGAUCUGGUUUCAUAGCAAGUUCCUCACCACCUCCAGCUUCCAGUCCGGGGAUCACAGUGCCUGACACAGGGGCAAUCCUCCGUGGUGGGGCCCCACGUCCCCGUCCAGCUCGCCAGGGUAAAUCAAGAGGAAGGGCAAGCGUAGGGGGGCUGGAGUCCAUGCACCUGCCUCUUGCAGGGAAGGACAUGUCCCUGCUGGACACUGCUGAGACUGACGGGUACUUCACUGAUGGUGAGCAGAGUGAUUCGGACACACGCUCCGGUGGACGCAAACUGCGGCUGUCACAGCUGCAUUCUGGGAACGACGACCUGCUGAGGAGAAGCGUGCUGGCAUCCUAAAGAACUGAGACCCAAAUGGACAAGUGCACACAUGCAGGCGGUUAUUUAGGCAGAAUCCUGCUGGCUAGUUGCUUUUUUUCCCCAUCUGUGCCCAGUAUAAAGUCUACAGACCAUAGCUGGAUGGCUUUGUUCAACCAAAUCCCGUCACACCUACAUACGGAGAAUUUCUUCAACUGCUUUGUUUUUUUUUGGGGGGGGGGGGACUUUGAAUGUAGCUGUAUAUCGUACAGUAAUGCUUCUCCACUGGACCGCAGUUUAACACAUCAUAUGACAUCAUACAUUUAACAAAUAGGGAAAAAAACACAUUAACUUUAGUCUUUUCUGUUUUGUAUAUUUCAGAUUUAUUUUCUUUCUGGGUGUUCAAGUGCCCAGUUCUGGUCUCACAUUUGUGAUGCCUGUCAGACUUGGGAACAAACAUUUUGGGGCAUUAUUAUUAUACAAGCUGGUUUCAGGGUAUGCUACAUUCUUAGUCGUUACAACUCAAGUUGCAUCCGAAGAGUCUUUGUUUUCUUGAAUAUAUUCAGUAGAAGACAAUUUCAUACCAGAGGAUGACAUGGGACGGCGUGUGUUCAGCCUUCAAAGCACAACUAGCAAGUCAUAAGAGCUGUAAUGUAAGCACUCAAGUGUAUUAUAGAGGCUCAAUCAGGGUUGGGGUCAAUUAUCUUUAUAUUGACUUCGGCCGAAAAAUGUACACUGAAGCCUUUUUUCCCAAAUCUGUUUCCAGAUCUCCAGCUUGUUUUUGCUUUAUGUUGCAAAUAAAUUGACCCCACCCCUGGUGCUCUGUCAGACUGUCACACAGAGUCACAAACACAGACAUACUCACACAAACUACAAUAGCAAAUCCCUUCGCUCACAUCUCAACUGUUGUGUAAAAAUCUGACCUUUGUCAGCUGCUGUCAAAUUCUUUCUAAAUAUUUUCUGCCCCUGAAACUUUGGGAAAAAAAGAUGAUUGCAAAAACUUUUGUGCCUUCUGUCCCUUGUCCUGUGGCCCUCACUCCCUAACCAACUAAAUCAGCCAAACAAUCAAUGAAUAUAUCAAUCAGUGGCUACUCAAUCGGAUUUCUUACAAUCAAAGCAAAAGGAAAUCCCGCUGGGUUGGUUACCAGGUGUAACCAGCACAGGGCUCCUUGUCACCUUAAUUGAAUAGUGCCUAAAACAAAGAUGUAAAUGCAGAAUUUGCCAUUUACUGACAAAGCAUCUGCAGCACUUUGCAAAGCAGAGCCACACCAUACUGUCAGUGGAAAGAGCUGCUUACUGGUCUGUCCUCCCCUCCAACCGCAUCACUGCAGUCAAAAGCCAUCAAAACACAGAGUUUGGCCAGGUCACACUGAGGGAACUAUGCUGCUGCUCCUUUGAUACCAGUAACCACAAAAAGAGUUGCUGUGUAAGUUUAAUGUGCAAGUAAAUAAACUAAUAUAUCUUAAUAUUUUGGACAAAAUGCCCACAGAAAUGUUUGAGGCUAAAUCAUUUAUAGUAUUGUUGAAAUAUGUGAAUAUGUGAAUCAGACUUGAAUCGGUUUGGAAAAUUAAUUCCAAUAUCUGGUCCUAACUGACAUAUGCUCACAAAUAAGCCUCAUCACUUCUCAAAUCACUGCAGAUUGUGGUCAUUGGAUCAUCUCUGAGCUGGUAAGACAAUCUUUUUUCCCCCAUUCACACACCGACCAAACUAACCCCCUCAGAUUCCCAUCUUAUUAAAAUGCAUCAAAAUGAGCAUAAUUUUUCCAACUCAUCCACAUCAAUUUUUUAAGAGAA